CCAGCCUUUUCUUUGGGGACUUUCCUCCCUCCUCUUCAUUAUAAUUGUCUUAUUGUCCUCCAUAAGAUACUAGAGAGAGAAAAAAAAAAAAAAACACAACAAAAAGCAUAGAGAGAAGAGAGAGAGAGAGAGAGAGUCAUGGGAAGUGAGGUAGAGCCAGAGUCAAGUUCCAUACCAAAGCUACCAUUAUUCUCAAUCCAAACCAUGCAGUCACCAGAUCCUUCAGGUAUGCUAACCCCACCACUCCACACUUUAGCCUCAGUCCCUUUUCGCUGGGAAGAUGAACCAGGUAAGCCUAGGCCUUGCACCACUCUCACCAAAUUCACUACCCUUGACUUAGCCCCAAAGUGCUUGGAACUACCUCCAAGGCUGUUGUUGGAUACUAAAUUUCCUUCACCCAACACUGUCUUGGAGGAACCUUAUCUGGGCAGGUCUAAGUUUCAGUCUUCUUCAUUUAGAAUCAUUGGUGGUGAGUGCUAUGGGUCUUUCAGCCAUGAAAGAGGUCAGCUUGGGGCAAUGGUUCUUAGCAAGAGAGGGAUCAAGGAGAAAACUUGGUUUGGUUCAUGGGGUAGGAGGAUUUUCAAAGGUAAAAGAGAGGUUGGACUUGGAGGGAGUAGUCAUGUCUUUCCAUCUUCUGUGGAUAAAGAGGGUGAUAGUUGUAAUGUGGGAGAAAGCAACAGUAAAAAUGGCAAGAUCACAAGGAUUCGAAAGGUUCGAAGCUUAUCUAGUCUCUCCACCAACGCCAAGUCUCAUCACUUCUGGGCAAAAAUAUAUGAUGGCCUGAAGCAGGUGGUUCCGUGGAGUAGUAGAAAGGUGAAGAAGGACGUCCACGUGGUUUAAACUUGACACUUGAUCAGACAACCUAAAGGCUAAGAUGUCCAAAUCCAAUGAAAUCAUGCUUCUCUUCGCUGUUUUUUUAUUUAGCAUUUAUAAUCUACGGAAAGAUAUUUAUGGAUUGGGCUCCUAGCAAACUAAAUUAUGUGUCGUCUAGCUAUCAUAACCAUGCCAAUAAUGCUACUGGCGUAGGUGCAAAUUAUGUAGGUCUAGAUUCUUAUUUUUGUAUUAAAAAAAAAAAAAUGAAGAAGAGACUGAAAUGUAAAAGAAAGGGGAGAGCUCUGAAAGUACUGUAGUCUUUAUCGUAUGACUGAGUUCUUACUUUGGUGAGUUUCGUUGUAUGACUUUCACCUAGAUCUAUUGUGAAAUUGAGGUUGUGUUAAAA